AUGGGGAGGCGCCCAGCAACGAACUACAGGAGCUUUGCGGUCGACGUCCUUGCCCGGAUGACCCGUACCUCCGGGCGCAUAGACCAGAUGGUUCUGCGGCGUUGCCUCGGUCUGGCAUCGUCGUAUCUGGUCACCGACGUCACAAUGAAUGCGGAGGAGGGCGUCCAGUCGUGGCGAGGGGGUUUCAACAGACUUGUGGAUGUCAUGGUCGCGCUGCACGCGCGUCAAGAGUUGGAAGUCGAGACGGUGAAUGCGGCGAGCAAGGCGUGCUCGGAGUGCUGGAGCGUGGCAGGUUCGUGGAGGGAGAUGGACGAGUGUCGGGAGGGAGUCAAGGCGAUAGCGACGCGGCUGAAGGGCCUGUUGGACGCGAACGGCAAGACAUACCGGGGCCAGGCCAUAUAUGCACCAUAG